GCCCCUCACCACAGAUGAUUGCGCCAGCUCGGCCUCGAGUUGGUCCUUGCCGUCGCCCGCCAGAAUGCAAGCCUGCGGCACCGCCUGGUGUCAGCUGCUGCUCAAGCUCGGUGCGGCCUCGCUACUUUGGCUUUCCCUGCAGCCCUGCAAAGACCCGACUCAGCAUUGCCUUGCAGUGGUCGCCACUUUCCGGCCCAGCACCCUCGAAAGAUACCUUCGCGUUGCUGCUGCUUGGGUUCUCUUUUUGGAAUGCUCUGGCAUAUCGCUCGUGGCGAUCACUCUGCCCUCGCUCUUGGAUUUUCUCGCAGCAGCACGCGCCUCGCAUAGCCAAGACCGUGAGGUGCACCAAACCUCUGCCGCAUCUUCAGUGAAAGCCCUUCGCUGGGUCGUUAAGUGCACGCAGUGGCACAGCCUAGCCGUGGUGAUGGAUAGCCCUGUUAUUCGGGCAUACUCUCUGCGAGGCACCGCCAAGGACCGCCGCGAAGCUCUUCCCAUUCCCUGGGCCCUCAUAGCGGCUUGGGAGUUUCACGUUUGCACCUCGGGGGCUCCGCUCACUACCAAGCUUGUCUUAGGGGCUGUUCUCCUGGCCGUGCACGGAUGUCUCCGCUUUGGGGACCUGCAACGCAUUGACUUUGAGUCUCUUUCACUGAGCCGCACGGCCUUGCGCGGAAUUUGUUACGCAACAAAGACAACGGAUAAGGGACAACCCUUUGCGGUGACACUGGCUGGCCUCACCGGCCGCAGCGCGGCAUCUUGCUGGGUCCUGCGCUGGCUGCAUGCCAUGCGCACCGCCGUUGACUCCCUGUGGAGCCCCGGCGACGUCGUUGAUUUCGUUUGGCCCAGCACUGCCCCGGAACUGAAUGCCAUCCUGGAACUCAGCCCAGCUUCAUAUUGCACCGCCAUGCUUGCCCUCCGUUGGGCGGCAACCUUGCCCUGGCUGCCGCCCGGCCAGGGGCUCACUGCCCACGAGGCAGCACAGCUCACUUUGCACAGCAUGAAGUCGACCGGGCUCGCCUCGGCUGCACAGCUCAGACUUUGGAAAGAGCACCGUUUGACGCACGGUCAUCAUCGGGACUCUGCCGCACUGUACUCCCGCAACGAUGUAUUCGCGAGUCUCGAUGUCCAGCACAGUCUCAGCAACUCUAUGUGCACCGGGUGGCGGGCCGAGCGCAGCAUCGCCCGCGGAGGACAGGCUCCUAUCCCGGAGCCCCCGUUUGCACUGCCGCCCGGCCCUGUUCUACAAGAACUUCCCGCCCAGGAUCUCUUGGACCCGCGCUGGGUUUUCUUUGUUACGAGGCAUGAGCACCUGCAUGCAGCGGCAGCGGCCUCAAUCGGAACGGCCGCGGUGCCUCAGCCGGCCAGCCCGGAUGACAUCGAGGACUGCACUCAAGACAAGGACGCUGCGGAGCAUCAAGCUUCGGCCUCGCAACACGACAUCGGGGACCCCAUCGAAGACUUCACGGACGAAGAAGCAGCAAUGGUUGCACGCGCCGCCGCGCUGCACACAGAUGACACCAGCUCAGCCGAGUCAUCCGUGUCCUCGGACCAUAAUCCGGAACACCGCGUGCCCCUCAUCAUAGACGGCGAUCAGCGCUUCGCCUGCACAGGCCCCUGGGGCAAGUGGCACCGCGUAGCGAUGCCCCAAGAAGGAGUCUUGCUGCCGCUCGUCCUCGCACAGUGCCCUCGGGUCCCCCCUCUUCUGCCCGCUCUGCACAGCAUGUCUCACGCUUGGGACAGCGCCGAAGCUUUCGCAGACCUCCUGCGCAGCCUUCAGGUCCCGGACCAGCUUAGCACUGCACUGCAGGAAUCGGGCAUCCGCACCAUCCCGGACUUUGCGUUUGCAUACCACGGCGUCGAAAGUCUGGAUAGGUUUUGUGGUCCGGAUUUCGCGCAGCUCUGGCAAGACCUCGAGAUUUCGGACGCGGAGCACAGCCCGGCGAUGGCUCGCCUGCGGCGCGCCCUGCUCAGAGCCAAAGCCCUUACGCAGGCCUCAGACGCGGUCGAACCGCCGGCCCCGGCACAGUCACAGCAAGCCCAGUCCAUCAACUCGUGGGCGGAACACGCGCCGCCCCGCUUGGAUAGCGCCGUUAUUGCCAAGCUGGUCACAGAUUUCGAGACCAACUAUCCCGGCGAACACCUCGAUAGCGACGCAAUGCCAAGCGUGCGUUUGCUGAGUCUUGUGCACAAGUGGUUUACGCCCGGAAACCGCAUAGCGUGGAUCCCUUGGCAACUGCGCCUCUCGCAAAAGCAGUACCAGGAGAUCAUGGAAUCGAAAUCCAGCAAAAUGCUUCGCACGGAAGCCCAGUUUUUGAGCACUGCUCUGUUCGACGAGACACCAGAGCUGCCCGUCGACCACUUGCGCCUUAGCCCUGCCUGGCUCAGCCGCAUCCAGGCUGUCUUCCGCAACGCAAUUGCACUGUGCAAGGGGGCGCAUUUGGCCCGCGUCAAGGCUUUCGACAAGAAGGUUCUCGACUGGGCAACGCAAUCACCGGCCGACCACUCGCUCCGCACAGUUACCACUACAGAGCUGGUUGCUGCAGACAGGAAGCUUUGGCAAGAACUCAGCUCCAUGCACAGCUCCGGCUGGACACUGGACGACGCCUUGCAUGAAAUCACCACAGUCCGCUCCGACAUCGGCAACCUCCUGCAGCUCCGCGCAAAGCCUCCGCCACCUCCUCAAAAGCCUCCGCCCCGCGGUGACGUCAACAAAGGUAAAGGCAAGGGUAAAGACAAGACGGGCCGAAAUACCGGCACCCAGCCCGGCAAACGCAACAGCCCGGGCUCGGGCACCAGCACGGACAUCAAAGAUGCCGCCUUGGUCCCGUCGCACAACGGGCGAGUCUUUUGCAUCCGCUACAACAAAGGCAACUGCCGCAACGCACAGUGCAAAUACUUGCACGCAUGCGCCUUCAAGCUCCCGUCAGGAGCCCAGCUCCUCCUGACUAGGCCCCGCCUGCCCUCGAGCCUGCUCGUCCCAAACCUAAGUUGCCAAGCGCCCCGACCUCGCAAGAAGGCAAGCACUGACUCUGAGGAGUCCUCAUCGGCAGAGGAUGACCAAGCCUCCGACCUGGCCAAAGCCCCGCCCCGCUUAAGCCUUUGUAUACUAGGCCCUGCUUCGGUUGCGCCCCCAGGUUUCACGGAUAGGGACCACUUCGCAGUGCAACGCACCGACCAAGGUGCCCUGUCCACGCCUGACUCUAUGGCACGCCUUUUCCAGCUCGUCUGGUCGGGCAUUCUGGGAUCUCUCUUCGUGAUGUCCACGGCUUCCGCCCUCUCGGACGCCGAGCACAGCCAGGCCCGCGCCCUGCUUCGGGCUGCGCACUUGCAGGGGGCGCACGUUAACUUUCUCUUCCCUUUGCAAGCAGAACAGCCCCUGCAAAGUGCAUACACGCACCUCUGCCAGGAGAUAGCUUCGCACUGCCGCGAAUGCGCGGACUUCGGGCCGAGCGCC